AUGAAAUUCUCCGUCGCCGCUACCACUUUGGCUGUUGCCACUUCCGCUUUGGCCGCUCAAACCGUCAUCACUGCUACCAACGAAGGUAAUGUCUACACCAAGACCGUUGAUGUUCCAGACUCCGCUGACUUGGGUCCAGGUGAAUACUUAAGUACAUUGGUUGUUACCAGAGAUGAUGUUGUCUACACCAAGUACUUGACUGCUACUUCUUCUGGUGUCGCUGAAUCUUCUGCUACUGAAGAAUCCUCUUCUACUGAAGAAUCCUCUUCUACUGAAGCUCCAACUGAAUCUACUUCUACUGAAGAAUCCUCUUCUACUGAAGCUCCAACUGAAUCUUCUUCUUCCGCUGAAGAAUCCUCUUCUACUGAAGCUGAAACUACAUCUGAAGCUCCAGUUGAAUCUUCUUCGACUGCUGCUCCAACUGAAACCUCCACUGCUGAUGUUUCUACCUACACUGGUGGUGCUGCUCUAGCUUCCGUUGGUACUGGUUUGUUGGGUGUUGCUGUUGCUGGUUUGUUGAUCUAA